AUGUCCGCCGUAUGUUCAAGUGCACCCGUGUCAUCCGUAUUACUGGCCACAGCGAAAGUAACAGUUCGGUCUCCCGACGGUCGCGUCUGUGAAGCUCGCGCCCUGAUCGAUCAAGGGUCAGAGGUCACUUUUAUUUCAGCAAGAUUAGCAAGAAUCUUGCGUUUACCUCGGAAACGAAUUUUCGCUCAAAUUUCCGCAGUCGGCGGUAUCAAUGCGGAUACAUGUCGACAUUCCGCUGUCAUUGAAUUCGCACCUCGCGGAAAGCCUAAGCCAGUUUUCACUACGGUCGCGUAUAUUCUAAAUGCGCUUACUAAAUACGCGCCGCGAUUAUCAGUCUCAGUAUCGGAUUGGAGACAUAUAAGUACACUCAAGUUAGCAGACGACGAUCCCACAGGAUCAAGCCCUAUUGACGUAAUCAUCGGCGCCGACAUUUACAGUCAAAUCAUUACGAAUGGAAUACGGAAAGGUCCAAUCGGGCAACCUAUCGCCCAGCGAUCUCAUUUUGGAUGGAUUAUCUCUGGACCCGCUCAGAAUCCAAACGUUUUGGCUCAAACGAUUAACGUCUUUCAUUGCUCCAUCGAGCGUGAGUUACGCCGUUUUUGGGAAAUCGAAGAGAUCCCACGCUAUAACAUUUUGUCUCCUGCCGAAGAACAAUGUGAGAAACAUUUUCUUACGACUCACUCACGAAUUUCCGACGGGCGUUACGUGGUUCGUCUGCCGUUUAAGACGAAGUUCCCUAUCGACAUCGGAGAGUCUAGAUCAAUAGCUAUACGGAGACUAACAGCAUUAAAAAGGCGUCUAGAUACGAAUCCAGAUCUCAAAUCGGAAUAUUCAGCGUUUCUUGAAGAAUACGAGCAGUUAAAACACAUGAAAAGAGUGCAUCCUCCAACCGCAUCUCAUUCACCGGCGGUUUAUCUUCCGCAUCAUCCUGUGAUCCGCGCAACGAGCGCUACCACUAGACUGCGCGUCGUGUUCAACGCGUCCAGCCUCACAACAAACGGUACAUCGUUAAAUUCACAUUUAGAGAUCGGGCCUAAAUUACAAACGGAAAUAACGGCGAUCUUAUUACGAUGGCGGAAACAUAAGUAUGUUUACAUGGCGGAUAUUGCCAAGAUGUACCGACAGAUUUUGGUCGACCCUCGUGAUCGUGACUAUCAACGUAUUGUCUGGUAUAAUCAGGAUCAAUCGGACAUUCAGGAUUAUCAAUUGUCCACUGUUACGUAUGGAACCGCGUCAGCUCCGUUCCUGGCUUUACGAGUGAUCAAGCAAUUGAUAACAGACGAAGGAGCCGCAUUUCCCCUUGCAACUCCGAUUCUUCAAGAUGAUAUUUACGUUGAUGACGUUCUUUUCGGAGCCAAUGACAUAUCAGUGCUGCGUCAAGUCCGCGAACAACUCUGCUCUCUGCUGUCUCGCGGCAGAUUUACUUUACGAAAAUGGGCCAGCAACAACUCCGCAUUACUAGCAGACAUUCCGGAAGAAUGUCACGGACUCGCCGGAAACAGAUGGCUAACUUUCGAAGAAAAUUUCAGUGUUCUAGGAUUAACAUGGAAUCCCGCCUAUGACACUUUCCAAUUUCGCGUGGAUCUCUCACCGACACUUCCAGAUACGAAAAGGAAGAUACUAUCAACGAUCGCUCGAUUAUUCGAUCCAUUAGGAUGGGUCACCCCCGUUACGAUCAACGCGAAAAUCUUCAUGCAACAUUUGUGGAGAUUAAAAUUAAACUGGGACGACGCCAUUCCGUCACAAACACUUCAGCGCUGGGAAUCAAUAUACCACAACCUAUCGGCCUUAAAUAAUUUACAGAUUCCGAGAUGGACAUGUCAAGAUGACAGUACUGCGUUAUGCGAGUUACACGGAUUUGCAGAUGCAUCUAACGCGGCAUACGCCGCCGCAGUUUAUAUGCAUACGACCUCGCAAUCAGGAGAGAUAAAGAUCACCUUAUUAGCGGGCAAGUCGAAAGUCGCGCCACUCAAGAUCACAAGCAUCCCUCGAUUGGAAUUACAAGCAGCAUGCCUUCUUGCUCGGUUGAUCGAGUUCACGCAAUCCUCACUCCAGAUGUCAAACGUCGCGUGUCAUUGUUGGACGGACUCUACAGUAGUAUUGGCAUGGUUAAACUCACAUCCGUCCAGAUGGAAAACCUUCGUCUCUCAUCGAGUCGCAGAUAUCCAAUCUCGAUUACCUGAAGUUAAAUGGCGGUACAUUCCAUCCGCGGAUAACCCAGCCGAUUGUGCUUCGAGAGGUAUUCUACAUUCUGAUUUCAAUGCCUUUAACCUGUGGUGGCACGGUCCUCCCUGGCUCAAACUAACUCAGACCAAAUGGCCAAGAGAUCCCGCUCCUCUACUGGAAGAAGCGCCUGAGGAGAAUCAGAAACUUAUGGUACACGUAGCUCAAACAGAUUCUGGCUGGGAUUUAGCCACAAGAUACUCCACGUGGCCGAAGCUAAUCAGAAUUACAGCAUAUACUAUCCGCUUCGCAACCAGAUGCCGAAAGAGAGAUCAAACUUCAACUGACUCAGAGGUGCAAAGCCAAUCUUUGACGGCAAGUGAAUUUCAGACCGCACGCAAAUUUUGGAUUAGAUCAAUCCAGUCAGACGUUUUCAGUGACGAAUUGGACGCUCUCAGGAAACAGCAAUCACUUCCAUCAAAAUCAGCGUUAGCUAUGCUUCGACCUUUCCUGGAUGAAGAUCAUUUAAUAAGAAUCGGCGGUCGUCUAAAACAUUCCAAUCUUUCAUUCGCGACGAAGCAUCCGAUACUUCUAGCUCCGCAUCCAUUAGUCAAACUUAUCAUCAGACACACUCAUAUUCGAGCAUUACACGCAGGCGUUCAAUUGACAUUAGCAACAAUACGCCAAGACUACUGGAUUCUCCAAGCGCGAACUCAGGUCAAGCAAAUCAUACAUCAAUGCGUUACAUGCGCCCGAGAAAGAGCAGAAGUUCCGACACAGCUAAUGGGCGACCUUCCACAAGCUCGAAUCUCUACACCCGCUCGAGCUUUCAGCCAUUCUGGAGUGGACUACGCGGGCCCCAUUUUUACUCGCGCAUCCGCAGGUCGCGGCAUUACGUCCCGAAAGGGUUACAUUGUGUUGUUUGUCUGCUUGGCCUCCAGAGCAAUUCAUUUGGAGUUAGCCAGUAAUUACUCCACCGAAGCGUUUCUCAACGCCUUUUCUCGGUUUUGUGCUCGCCGAGGUUUACCUUCCACAAUGUACUCUGAUAACGGUACGACGUUCGCAGGAGCCGACGCUGAAUUGACAAAAGCUUAUCAGAGCGCAAUGCGCAACCCCGAGUUCCAGAGCAAAAUUGCCACCGAUAACAUUAGCUGGCAGUUCAUUCCUCCCCAUGCUCCGCAUUUCGGCGGUCUUUGGGAGGCCGGAGUUCGCAGUGUCAAGCAUCAUCUUAGACGAAUUUUGGGCCCUCACACUCUCACGUAUGAGGAAUUUUCUACUCUGUUAUGCCGCAUCGAGGCUUGCCUCAAUUCUCGGCCCAUCGGUCCGCUUACAGAUACUUUCGACGAUUAUAACCCCCUUACACCGGGGCAUUUCUUAAUCGGAUCUCCCAUCACGGUGAAUCCCGAACCGUCCAUUCUCUCCGUAAAUGAAAGUCGACUCUCGCGUUGGCAAUUAAUUCGUCAAUUGACAGAGCAAUUUUGGAAAAUCUGGCAGAGCGAUUACGUCAAUACUUUACAACAGCGAGUUAAAUGGAAGCAAGUACAACCGUCUGUGAAGCCUGGCUUAAUGGUAUUAAUUCGUAAUCCGUUGCUUCCGCCGUGCAAAUGGGAGCUAGGUCGGAUCACACAAUGUCAUCUCGGAUCCGACGGCUACGUUCGCGUCGUUACCGUGCGCACCGCUCAUUCUGAAUAUAAACGGCCGAUAGUUAAGCUAUGCUUACUACCCAUCGAUAUCGAGUCUUCGACUAACGGUUCUCCGAGCGAUAAUUGA